GACCUAAAUACUCUGCAGCUAUCAGCGAAAUCACCUCUUGAUACCAGUGCCUCGAGACGAGAUUCUGUUCUCAUAGGCUCAGAAGCAGUAGAAGCAGGAUCAAUUACAAUCGAUCUAGAUGCCGAAAUUCCAUCGACUCUACCCUGUGGGCGACGCGCCAGACAGCUCAAGCAUUGACGUUAUCCUUGUCCAUGGCCUUGGGGGCGACUACCAGAUGACAUGGCAGGCAGAGGACGGCACACUCUGGCCCAGCCAUCAGGAUUUCGUGCCUCAAUACAUACCCGAGGCUCGUGUCCUUUCCUGGUCCUACAAUUCAACCAUCAACGGCUUUUUUAGGGUGGUGCGAAAUAACGCGAAGAAGCUCCUCAGCGGGCUUCUUGACCUGCGCGAGGAGCAGAACCUCUCGGCUCGGCCUCUGAUAUUCAUUGGCCACAGCCUGGGUGGUGUGAUUAUCAAACAGGCAAUCCGCUUCGCUUUCAACGACCCAGCUUUUGAAUCGAUUGCCAGGUCAAUUCUUGGCGUUAUGUUUUUCUCGACUCCUCAUUAUGGAGAGCAGCACCACUGGCUGGACUUUGUGUCUGACGUUCUUAGCUGCACCGGCCCUCCUGGCAAUCAAGGCCCCACGCCCGAAAUGCUAGAGGAUAUUGGAAGGAACUACGAAGUCCUGUCAAACGUGACCGAGGAGUUCAAGCCACUUCUCAGGAGUGACCUGGGUAUUGUCAGUUUUGUCGAAGAUGACGCGAGUGAGAUACGCGGGAGUUUGAGAACCAUCGUUGACCGUAACACCGGUUAUCUCCAAGACCACGAGGAGCGGAACUACAGUCUAAGCGGGAAUCACAUUUCGAUCUGUAAAUUUCCGGCGGAUGAGGAGGGGAAGUCGGGUUUCCGGACGGUUGGCAUCAAUCUCAGAUGGCUUGCAACAGGAUCGAGCAGGGCGAGACGCCUUACCGACAUACAUUGCAAAGUGUUGAGCUUGCUCGAUCCAAACAAGCUCCGUGAGCAUUAUCGCAAGUUCAAACCGUCCGCCAACACAUGCCAGUGGAUUGAUGAGCGGGAAGAAUACAAGCGAUGGCUCGACUGGGACGGCCAUCCCGACUAUACUAAACUCUGGGUCACUGGUGACAAGGCAUGCGGCAAGACUUUCCUGGCGAGGCAUAUCCUUGGCCAGGUGCGCCGCGAUAAAACCACGCUGGUGCUCCAAUGCUUCGUGGAUGGAACUAGUACCCCUACACGGGUCGACUGUGACGCCGUCCUCUCCUCUACCGCCCGCCAGCUCGCCCAGGCACACCCAGACUUGAUCGACACUUUCCUAUUGCGGAGGUAUAAAACCGACAGAAAGACGCUGGGGUCCCUUCAAGACGUCUGGCCGGAGAUGGUCCAGUACGGGGUGAAUGUUAAGGGGCUGCGAACAAUCGUGCUCGUCGAUGGCUUCGACAAUCUUGAAGACAAGGAACAGGAAUUGUUUCUGCAAUGUUUCAGCAAGAUUGAACCGAAGGACAAACGGAAUCUGCGCCUCUUGAUCGUGUCAAACCCGGGCACCAUUGACCUUGAAGACGAUCCCUGGAAGUUCCGGAGGUAUAGCAUCACACAGAGGGACGUCUCCCAAGACAUAUAUAGCACAGUGUAUCAGUUGCUGGACAUACCCGUCCUCGAUGACCAAUCGCGGAAAACUGCCAGCAAAAGGAUCCAAGAGCGCGCUGAGGGCGUGUACCUCUGGGCGGCGGUGGUGACCCACGACCUGAAGCUCUCCUUUUUUACUAUUAGGGACGUGGAAGAGCACAUCAACGGCCUGCCAGGCAGGAUGGCUGAAUUAUACGAUAAUAUUCUUGGAAGAAUCAAGGUCCGGCUGCCGAAAGAGACUGCUCGAGUCCGCCAUAUUCUGCUGUGGAUUGCCUUCCGGCACGAGAAGCUCAGUACCGAUGAACUCGGUAUCGGCUUAGCGCUGGCCAAGUACCGGGAGGAUUACCCAAAUACGCCAGUGCAUGAGUCAACUUUUGGCAGCUUAUACAUCAUCCAGCCUCGCAUGGUCCGGCCUACUGUGAUCGGUCUUUGCGGCCAGCUUGUCCGCUUCUGUCGCGACGAGGUCGAACUGGUUCACAGCAGCCUCGCACUGUACCUCACCUACACAGCGUCUCGUAUCAAAGGCUUGGAUGAACGGGUAGAAAUUCCCAACCACGGCCAAUUUCACCUGCCGCCUCAAGAGUCGCACUUGCUCCUAGGCAACCUCUGCAUGUCCUACCUUGCUAUGGCGCCAUUUUCCGACUCUGGUGCUUCAUUUGACCCGAACUGCAGGGAACAGUGGGAGAGUAAGGUGCGCGAGCGUGUACGGAACUUCAAGCUUGUGCGGUAUGCUGCGCUGUCGUGGACGAAGCACUUGAGGGAUGCUGGACGCGAACUACUCGGAGCCGGCCCGCCAACCAAUACAGAGGCGGACAUACACGCACAAAGGCUGAUUGAGACGGUUGACUCACAUCAUGCGGUCUGCUGGACUGAAGUGUGGUGGCUCGUUCGGUGCUGGCCGGCAUUCAACUAUCCCGAAGGGUCCAGGACUCCCGGCAUGGAGCACAUCCUCGUUCAUCCCCCAAGACCGACGCAUCUCUUUCCCCAUUUGAAUGACCAGCACACUCAGAGCAUGGAGCCACCAGCAAUAGACCCUAUUGUCUCGGCCGAGGACGCACCAAUAGAAGCGGAUGAAUACGACGUACCGCAGCCAAUUGGCGGGACUGUCACUGGCCUAGUCAGUAACGGGGCUGGACACAUUUGGGCAGCAAGUGGUGGGACACUCCAUCAGCAGCUUCCAGUUGUUUUCAACCACCACCACCACAUCACAGCGAACCUUUACUUCACCGAACCUGAAAGAACCAUGCCAAAUAUUUCACGUUCAGGGAAAAAAUCGCGUCAUCGACGCCGUUGUUCUAUCUUGUGAAGUUGUGAGGGAGCCAACUAGAAAGUCAGAGGGAUGUUUUCGGCUUCAACAACGAAUCCACUCCAAUUUUCCCCAAAUGUAUGUAUCACUACACAAAUUCUUCCGUCUCAGUAGAUGUGUCUAGGUGCCUAUUAUUGAGCGCAAUUCUAUGAUGCUCCAUAUUGUUGAAAGGUAUCUCCACUAGUAGUAGGCCUUUGAAAUCGUUAUCAGUCUUUGCACACAAGAUAUGCCUGGCACAUUAGACUACUCAAAAAUCUCUGUGGGAGGAAG